AUGGUGACAAGUCGUGAUUUCAUCAUGCAUUUUUCUCACGAGUUGUGUGAACUAUGUGUGAAUGACAUCCAUGAUGAUAUGACGCGGCUCUCGCUCAAAGGGCGACUCAGCGGAAAUUCUAUCCGUAUUCUCUCCUUUCAUAUCAUACGAUACGAUAGCGAACAACGCGGUCAGGCAACUGCUGAUCUCGCUUUCAAACCGGAUCCACAACCAUUGAUGGAAGACGAGGGAAACUCUGUGAGACGUCGAGUGGUCAUACGUGAGGACGAUGACGAUGGGCUCCGCCUUCAUCCAAAAGAUAGAGUCGCUGAUGCUGGAUGCUGCACUACUGAAGGAGAGACCGAAGAUGAUAGCAAAAAAUGUCGAACUGUUCGACGACGUACCAGGAAGGAACUGGAGCGGAUACAUUUCCAAAUGGUGAAUGAUCGUGUUGUGGAGGAUAUAACACUGGAUAUUUUAACUGACCGAGGGACCGAUUCGAACGUAUACGAUGGAUGUCUUGGCACACUUGCCCUUUUCCUUGUCGUCAGUGCUCUCGCAUUCCCCAAUGGGCCGUUUAUCCGACCACACCCUGUUUUGUGGAGAAUUAUUUUCGGCAUGUCAGUAAUAUAUUUGAUGAUACUCCAGUUUACUCUAUUUCAAACCUAUGCCGACAUUAAAAAGGUACUCUCAUGGCUGGAUCCUGAUGGUUUGAGUAAGGAGUCUCUCGAAGAAAAGGCUUAUGCCGUGAACUGCUCUGAUGUAAGUCUGGAACGAAUCUGGAGUCACAUCGAUGUAUUUGCUGUGGGACACUUCCUUGGUUGGGCUAUGAAAGCAUUGCUCAUACGACACGGAAUACUGUGCUGGUAUAUAAGUAUCGCGUGGGAACUCACUGAGGUCGUAUUUACGAAGCUCUUACCUAAUUUUGAAGAAUGUUGGUGGGAUGCUAUAAUUCUGGAUGUACUACUCUGUAAUGGGCUUGGUAUUUGGUUUGGAUUAAAAGUUUGCAGUUUCUUCCGAAUGCGGCAGUUUCACUGGGAGAGUAUCAAGGACAUUAAGUCACAUCGUGGACGCUUCAAACGUGCUGUGAUGCAGUUCACCCCGGAAAGUUGGACGGAACUGGACUGGUUCAACUCGACUGCUCUAAGAAGAACUAUGGCUGUAUAUGUGUCUGCUGAUUUGGCUGGUCUGCUCACUGAAUUGAAUACGUUUUUCCUGAAACAUGUAUUCGCUGUGGACACAAAACAUGCUGUCGUAUUUUGGCGGAUAAUUCUCAUCGCACUCAUUUCUGCGCCCUCAAUAAGGUUAGCAUUGCAAUUUGAAUUGUGUUGA